GUCAGGGGACGGAUGGUGCGAGGUUUCAAUUCAAACCCGCUCCGUUUUGCUCACAGACACGGCAGUCUAUGUUCGUGUUCACUCGCGUUACGAAAUAUUUACGUCCUCAGGAGCCGCUCUGCUCCAGCUACUUUUACCGUCACACAUCAGAGUCCGACUUCGCCCCAUUUCAGCGACCCUUUCCAAACCACGGCUCAUUCGGCGGCUUCGUGUCAAUUAGCGAGCUGAGCGCCUCAACUGCUCACACCUGGCCGGCCUAUUAAACUGAGAGACCGGGGGGACUCGAUGUCGCGUCGGUAUCCCAGCCAGGCUGGCACAACAAUGUUCCUCCACAUAGAAAACCGCAGCAGUUUCCUUGCGCUCCACUUAAAAACGUGCCUCGACGACUGGGACAUGAGCGAGGAGGUCAAGUUAACCACGACCACCGAUCAGUUUUACCAGGCAGAUGGGAAGCGGAGCGAGCAGCAGGGUGCCGCGCGCUGCAACGGCGCCGAGCUCUCGAGGCGGGAAGAGGAGGAGCGAGACGCGCGAGGGGAGCCUCGCGAAUGCCCAGAGUCACAGGUCGAGCCCAGUUUGUGGUUGAUGGUGAACCCCACCGUGGCGUGUCCCAUCGAGUACCCCGAACAGGCGGCCUGGGCUCGGCCGUCGACGGGGCCGACGCGCAAGGGCCCUCCAGGCGUUUCGAGCGCCGCGUUCUCGCCGAGCCUCAUCCCGCACGUCCAUCCUCCCUCGCCGGUUGAGGAGACUUCCCGGGACGCGUCCCUCCACGAGGCUUCCUCCUCCAGCGAGUACUUGGGCACAGAUGAGGACAACGCAUCCCCGCUGGAUGUCCGGGUGUGCUGUAAAGUGAAGUGGAGCCGGAGGGUGAAGCUACCCAAAGAGAAGAUCCGAAAGCUGGGCAUGGCCCAAAGCAAGCGGCUGCAGAGGGUCCUGCAGGAGAGCAACUACCUGAAGAACGGGGAGUGGCCGCGGCCGCCUGUCAACUACUGUAUCCUCAUCGCCAUGGCGCUCAACAGCAGCCACUGCGGGAGCCUCAACGUGCAGCAGAUCUACAACUUCACAAGAGAGCACUUCCCGUUCUUCCAGACCGCUCCCGAUGGCUGGAAAAACACUAUUCGGCACAACCUGUGCUUCAGCAACAGCUUCAAAAAGACUCCCCAGCAGGUGUCCAGCGAGGGCAAGCGGAAGUCCUGCCUGUGGCACCUCACUCUCGAUGGGCGACGCCGGCUGAGUGACGAGAUCCACACUCUGAGUGGGGAGUCCUUUAGAGUCCUCAGGCGGAGUAUGAACAAUCCUGGUAAGUGUGUGCGACAUCAGGCAAGAGAGCAGUUGCUUUUACUCUUGCGCUAUUGCCCAAUGUGUAGGAAUUUGACUGCAUAAUAUAAUCUGUCCUUUUCCCCCCUCUCUUCUCAGAUCUGAUCCAAACUUUGUUUAAUCUGUGAUUCUUGCACGAGAAAAGGUUUACUUUUACCCAGUUAAACCUGACAUUUUGAAGGAUGUGAAAAUGUCAAAAUAGA